AUGCAAACAGGAAAAAGAGAAUUCAAGUCCGAAGAAGACAAGGGGGGCCCCCAGGGGCCCCCCCCGAGGCGGCGCCGGGUCCAGUUUGCUGCUGAACCCGAGAUCCACGAAGCCCCUGCAGCAGCAGCAGCAGACCCAGCAGCAGCAGCAGCAGCAGAUCCAGCAGCAGCAGCAGCAGCAGAUCCAGCAGCAGCAGCAGCAGCAGCAGCAGCAGCAGGCGAUGAUGAACCCUCCGUGGCGGAGCUUCUCGACGCGAAGUACACGAAGGCGGCAGUGGAAGGCAUUCGGCGGCGAAAGAAGUUCCUGCAGGCUGGAGUCGAGGGUUUAGGGUUUGGCAGCAAGGGUUUAGACUUCGACGUGGACAAUGCUGCUGCUGCUGCUGCUGCAGCAGGCGAAGAAGACCCCGACCAGGCAGAGGCCGGCGAAGUCCCGCUGGAGCCCUUCAACCUCCGCAGGGAACUCCAAGACGGCCUUUUGGACUUCGCCGGAAAUUUCGUUUGGAAAAAUAAAAACCCAAAAGAGUUCAAAGACCCCUGGCUCGACUCGCUGCAGCAGGAGGAAGACGGAGCCGUGUCGGGGAGCUCGAGGAGCAGCAGCACGGCUGCUGCUGCUGCUGCUGCUGCUGCUGCUGCUGCUGCUGCUGCUGCUGCUGGCGAGGUCUCCGUGGACGUGUGCUGCUGCCUCGAGGGGCUGCUGCAGCAUUUGGAAUUAAAUGAAACUCCAGCGAAUGCUUUGAAGAGACUUGCGAGAAAAGAAAAAGGAAAAAACCCAAACGAAGACGCAGCAGCAAGCAGCAGCAGCAGCAGCAGCAGCAGCAGCAGCAGCAGAAAGCCGAAGCAAAAGAGGCUCAGGCUCGUGCCCGCCCUCGCAGCAGCAGCAGAGAGAGAAGAAGCAGAACAGGCAGCAGCAGCAGCAGCAGCUGCUGCUGCUGCUGCAGGCGAUGCAACCACCGCAGCAGCAGCAGAAGCAACAGACGCCGCUGCAGCAGCUGCUGCUGCAGCGAAUGAGAAUGGCAGUGACGCAAAUGCUGCAGCAAAUAACGGCAGCAGCAGCAGCAGCAGCGCAGCAGACGCAGCAGCAGCAGCAGCAGCAAAACAGAAGAAAGCCUUCGACGAGGUCACAGAAGCCUGCACUGCACUCCUUGCCACAGGAAGGAAUGUGUAUUUUUUGACGAAGCAGCAGCUGGAAGAAAUGCUUCAAAAAGAAAAAAAUGAAAUCCAAGACAAAGCGCCGGAGAGCCAAGAAGGUGUCUGUACACCCCAGCACUUCGCUGCAGCUUUAAAAUCUUUGGAAGUCUUUUGGCAGUUUCGGUGGAGCCGAAAUUCGGACGGCGAAGUUUACGGCCCUUUUGACUCCCAAACUUUCCGCAGUUGGAUUCGAGAGAACUUCAUCUCGGAAGCGAAUCCCGUGGAAGUGCGGCGGGUGAGCGCGGCGAACGAGCCGCUGGACGGCCUUUGGCUGAGUUGGAAAGUUGCGGACUUUCGAUCUUUUGAAGAAACUGAAAAAGACAAUUUAAUUGAAGAGGAAAAAGAAGAACUUUUCGAGGCUCAAGAACGAGCCAAACGCGACAAACAAAACUCCAAAAUGACAGAAGUGAUCGACGACGAAGACGACGCGGACUGA